UCAGUGGUUGAAGACAUUGAGGAGGUAAUUUCUCUCAUUAUGGUUCCAGUCCGCAGUGAGAGACGGGACACAUCAUGAAGUCCCUGCUGCUCCUCAUCUUCACUCUUCAUCUCGCCUCAGCAGCCAGUCACGCUCUGGACUACUUCCUCACCGGCAUCACACGAGGAAUCAGCCUCCCAGAGUUCACUGCUGUUGCUCAGGUGGAUGGACUUCAAAGCGGGUAUUAUGACAGUAACAGCAGGAAAGUGACCCUAACGGGUGAGUGGCUGAAGGACAAUAAGGAUGAACAGCACUGGGACGAGAUUAGAGAGAAGUCACUUCGUUUUCAGGAGGACCUCAAAAUCUUUAUAGAUGAAACAAUGCAGCUCUUCAAUCACACUGAAGGGAUUCAUACGUGUCAGUGGAUGUCUGGCUGUGAGCUGCAUGAUGAUGGAACUAAGAGAGGAUACAGUAAAUACGGUUAUGAUGGAGAAGAUUUCCUCAGUCUGGAUCUGAACACUCUCACCUGGACUGCAGCUAAUCAGAAAGCUGUUAUUACCAAACAGGAGUGGGAGAAGACGGAUAAAGCCAAAAACCAAAAGACCUUUCUGGAGACUGAAUGUAUCCAGUGGUUACAGAAGUAUGUGGGUUAUGGCAGAUCCACUCUGGAGAGGAAAGUCCCUCCUGAGGCGUCUCUGUUCCAGAAGGACUCUUCUUCUCCAGUGGUGUGUCAUGCUACAGGUUUCUUCCCCAAAGCAGUGAUGAUCUCCUGGCAGAAGAAUGGAGAGGAUCUGCAUGAGGACGUGGAGCUCAGAGAGACGCUACCCAACCAGGAUGGAACCUUCCAGAAGAGGAGUGUUCUGACUGUCUCACCUGAGGAGCUGAACAAGAAUGAAUACACCUGCAUCAUUCAGCACAGCAGCCUGGAGAAGAAGAUGGUGUUACCAGUUAUUAAUCACAAAGUUUCAGAUGGAGUCCGGAUUGGUAUCAUCAUUGGUGCAGUAGUGUCUGUUCUCCUCGUUAUCAUCGGUGUUUUUGCAUGGAUGAAGCAGCAGCAGCAGCCUGGACAGAAAUAAAGAAGCAGAUGAUGAGUGAUUCUGAAUCGACUCUGAGUGAAGAGAUCAGUCAAACACUGCUUACAUUACACAGUCAACUUUAUUAAUUAACCUUGAAUUUGG